AUGGCGCCAAAGAUGACGCCAUUCUCGCUGCUCGACAAAAUGGCGACGACGAGGACGCUCGCAUCUUCAGCGGAAGUACACUGGCUCUGCCGAUUGCUGCUGCUCGGCGUUUGCAUUGGCGCCGCCGCAGCUCGAGACAUUUCAUCUUCGUCAGUCUAUGCACGCACUGCCCCUGAUGACGUCGCCUUCUAUUGCCCGGAGGAAGGUCUAUUUCCCGAUGACUACGACUGUCGCAUCUACUAUCGCUGUGAGAAGCGUUCCGAGCAUUACAUCAAACCGUACAUGUUCGCCUGUAAGGAAGGCACGGUCUUCUCGCGCACCCUGCAGCUGUGUAUGCCACCAAUGCUGGCCGGUCGUGGGGAGUGCUCACAGUAUAUGAAUGAAAUCGAUAGUAGCGGCGAGACCGACAGCCAGCUGGCAUUUGAUGGGCUCGUCAAUAACCAGAAUGGACAUAAUGCGAUGCUUAACAGCGCCGUCACACCCGCCGCCAUCAAGCUGCACACCUAUGCCACUGCAAAUCAGUUGCCCACAAAUUAUGGACUGACAGGACUGAGUGGUGUUUCAGUCAUAUCCUUUUCGAGCUCAUCAUCUUUGCGCUCGGCCGGGGAUGAGGGUGUGGCGUGCGAGGAUGAUGGAUUUAUGAGUGAUCCCAGUGACUGCACCGUGUUCUAUCGCUGCAUCUCCAAUGGGCGGGGCUAUAAUAAAAUCGGUUUUCGUUGCUCGGACGGCACCGCCUGGGAUGAAUCACUGCAGUCGUGCAACCACAUGUUUGAUGUACGUGCUAAUGGCGGUUGCCGCAAUCAGGCUGCCCCGCUAAGCGAUGACCAAACAUCGACACAGUCAUCCCAAACGAGCUAUCAGAAUACCACCUCAUCUUCGUCGUCGUCAAACAGUCAGCAAAGCUCUUCGACAAGCUUCUCAACUUCCACGUCGUCUAGUAACUCCUCUUCCUCCAGCUCCUCAAAUCAACAAGAAUCAAGUUCAAAUCAAGAGUCUUCCACAUCAAGCAGCAAUCAACAAGCUACAUCAAGCUCCAGCAACAUACAAUCCUCAAGCAGCACAGAGAGUUCUACCAGUAGCAGCCAGCAAGCCAGCUCGGGCUCUUCAAACCAAAGCUCUGGAAAUAAUCAGUCGUCGGGCAAUAAUCAAAACACAGGAAGCAACUCAAGCAGUAACCAGAAUCAAAACUCUAGCAAUCAAAGCUCAAACAAUAACCAGAAUCAAAACUCUAGCAGUAACCAAUCUUCCAGCGGUAAUCAGAGCAACCAAGGCUCAUCAAACAAUCAAUCUUCCAGUGGAUCUAACAGUCAAUCAAACCAAAAUGCUAUAAAACCUACUGCGAACGAAUGCGAAGAUGAGAACACAUAUAUACUCGAUAAAAUGGAUUGCGCCAAGUUUUACAGAUGUCGCUUAGAUGGCAAUGGAAAUUUUGAGAAGGUACCAUUUACAUGUGGUCCUGGUACUGUAUGGAGUCAAGAGGAAAAAGUUUGCGUUCUGCCCAGCGAAGAUCAAAAGAAACAAUGCAACAUACAAUCUGGAUCAUCCAGUAGUGGAAAUAAUCAAAUUAGCAACAGCACCUCCAGUGGCAGCAACCAGAAUGCCUCAACAAGUGGCAAUCAAUCGAGUACCUCUAGCUCCGGUUCGAACAAUAAUAAUAAUAGCAAUCAAUCUGGCAAUCAGCAAGAAACAUCCGCAUCAAACAGCAAUCAAUCUUCCAGCAGUCAACAAAGCUCGUCAGGCAACAAUCAGGGCUCCUCCUCAUCGUCAAACUCUGGCAAUCAGUCUUCCAAUCAAGGCAACAGUCAAGGGUCAUCUUCUGCUUCGAGUUCCAAUAACCAGUCGUCUAGUUCUACAUCCAACACCUCUGGAGCUCAAAAUUCUACAAGUUCAUCAAACUCGGGAACCACUACAACUUCUAAGCCCCAAAAUGCUGACGGUGAAUGUGAGCACACGGAAACUUAUUUGCCCGACAAAAAGGACUGUGCUCGCUUCUACCGUUGCGUUGAUAAUGGCAAUGGUGGUUUCGAUAAAAUUGCUUUUGAUUGUGCACCUGGUACUGUUUGGGACCCCGACACAAAGGGCUGCAACCAUCCAACGGAUGUCCAAAAAGAGCAAUGCAAGGCUAUGGCCAGUGGUACAGGCAGUGCUUCAAACCAAGGUUCAUCUUCCAAUCAAGGCUCUUCUUCUAAUCAAGGAUCGUCCUCUAAUCAAGGAUCAUCCUCUAAUCAAGGGUCUUCCUCCAACCAAGGUUCAUCGUCUACUCAAGGAUCGUCUUCUAAUCAGGGAUCGUCAUCCAAUCAAGGGUCUUCCUCCAACCAAGGUUCGUCAUCCAAUCAAAGCUCGUCGUCGAAUCAAGGAUCAUCUUCUAAUCAAGGAUCAUCAUCCAAUCAAGGAUCGUCAUCCAAUCAAGGAUCGUCAGCCAAUCAAGGAUCUUCCUCCAAUCAGGGUUCAUCGUCUAAUCAGGGAUCGUCCUCCAACCAAAGUUCGUCGUCGAAUCAAGGAUCCUCGUCCAAUCAAGGAUCUUCGUCCAAUCAAGGAUCGUCUUCAAAUCAAGGAUCGUCUUCAAAUCAAGGAUCAUCGUCUAACCAAGGUUCAUCCUCUAAUCAAGGGUCGUCAUCCAAUCAAGGAUCGUCCUCCAACCAAGGAUCUUCAUCAAAUCAAGGAUCAUCAUCUAACCAAGGUUCAUCCUCUAAUCAAGGAUCGUCAUCCAAUCAAGGAACGUCAUCCAGUCAAGAAUCAACUACUACAACUCAGAAACCAUUUAAGCCGGCAGAGAAGUGCGAGAGCGAAGAGACCUUCUUAGCUGACAAUGAAAACUGUUCGAAAUUCUAUCGCUGCGUUGAUAAUGGAAAGGGUGGCUUUACGAAAGUAUCGUUUACUUGCCCACCAAACACGAUUUGGCAUCCCGAGGCCAACAGCUGUAACCAUCAAUCACAAGUUGAUAUGCAAAGCCUUAAGUGUAAGCGGGUCAGCCCUGCCCAACAAACAAGCGGCAGCAGCAGUAAUAAUAGCAAUACCCAACAAUCGUCCACUUCAUCCUCCACGUCAUCAUCAUCAGGCAGCGGCGCAACACAGCAAACCACAUCUUCAAACUCCCAAUCUGGCAGCAGUACAAGCUCAACAACAUCAGGCUCAAGUACCUCAAGUUCCACCUCAUCUCCAAUGCCGUCUGGUAGCUGUAAGGUUAAUGGACAAUUCUUAGGAGAUGAUAAGAACUGUGCCAAGUUCUAUCGCUGCGUGGACAAUGAUAGAGGUGGUUUUAAUACGGUGGCCUUCUUCUGCCCCCCUGGAACUGUAUGGGACGGUCAGAUUGAGGCCUGUAAUCAUGCCUGGGCCGUUAAAGACAAAAGCUGUAGCAACAGCGAAACCACUCAACGGCCAGAGGCUACAGACUCGACGCCAAGCUACGGCGGUCAAUCCUCGACCACAACAAAGCCAGCGGUAAAACCAACUACUUUAAAACCAACGACUCAAAGCACAACAACGAAGAAACCCACUGCCCAGAAACCAACUACUCAGAAGCCUGUUACGCAAAAGCCAACUAGCUCAUCUGGGGAUGUUAAGUGUAAAUCUGAGGGUUUCAUUGGUGAUCCAAGCAACUGUGCCAAAUUCUAUCGCUGCAUAAGCAGUGGUAAUGGCGGCUUUAACCAGGUGCCAUUCCACUGCGCUGCGGGUACAGUUUGGGAUCAGGACCUACAAACGUGCAAUCACGAUUUGAAUGCGUGCAAUCCAGUCCCCGAAGGUGGCGGUGGUAAUGCUACCACUGAGUCUGAUAAGGGUCCUUGUGACAAUACCACGGUAAAGCCUACAUCGAAACCGACCCCAGAGACCACCUUAUCACCCAGCACAUUGGAACCCACAAAUCGUCCAACUGAGCCGGCUACGGAAUCAACAACCGAACAGAUAACAACCAACCAGCCCCCCACAACAUACAAACCUUCAACAACAAUAUGGACUACGACGACUAAGCCGACCACAACUGAAAAUCAGCCCACUACUACAACAUGGACCACUUCCACCGAAGCUGAAUCAACUGAAACAAGCACUCAAACUACAACCAUGAUUCCGGAAACUACUACCAAGGUACCCAACCUGCCACCCGGUACCAAAUGUAAGGGCGAAGGAUUUAUGGCUGAUCCCAACAAUUGCCGCAAAUUCUAUCGCUGCCAAAAGACCGGCGACUCAUACUCGAAACAUGAAUUCAUGUGCGCCAAGAAUACAGGUUGGAAUGAAGACUUACAAACAUGUGAUCAUGCUCAAAAUGUGCCAGGUUGCGCGGGUCAAACGGAAGCUCCAACAGAGCCGACAACUACAACCGAAAUUACUUCUACUGAGGCCAUUACAAAACCAAGCACCAUUGAACCACCAACAAAACCUACAACUGAAACAAUUACGAAACCAACCACUUUUGAACCACCAACAAAACCUACAACUGAAACAGUUACGAAACCAACCACUAUUGAACCACCAACAAAACCUACAACUGAAAUAGUUACGAAACCAACCACUAUUGAACCACCAACAAAACCUACAACUGAAAUAGUUACGAAACCAACAGAUCCUCCAACGAAGCCGACGACAGAUUAUCCAACCACUACAGAUAUUUGGAAACCAACAGACUCCACAAUAAAGCCAACUGAAGCGCCAACAAAGCCUACUGAUUAUACGGAUAAGCCAACGGAAAUUCCCACUAAACCCACUGACUAUCCAGUCACUAAGCCAACCACCACAGAAACGUAUCCAGAGACUUCAACUGGUUUUACAACAUCAUUCCCAGGCUAUCCUCCUACUACAACUGAAGACAAUCCGAGCACUACGCAAGAGCCAACAGUCAACUUCAAGUGCCCUGCUGAAGGUUUCCAUGCUGAUCCUGAGGAUUGCAGCAUUUACUAUCGCUGUACAAAGACCAAUGAUAAAUAUCAAGUAUACAAGUUCCGUUGUCCAAAGGGCACAGUGUGGGACACAUCGCUCGAUACUUGUAACUACGCAGAUCAGGUAUCUGGUAACUGCUCCUCUGGCAGCAUGACUUCAACAACAAACCCAAGUGACGCAACCACAUCAUGGACGGAGAUGCCAACAAGCACUGUGAAACCGGUGACAACAGUCAAGCCUGAGACAACAACUAACACGGCCAGCACCACAGGUGGCCCAGUUGGCCCUACAACCACUAAUAAGCCAGUAGAGACAACUACGGAGCAGGAAGCCAAUCCCAAUCCAGAGCCAUCAAGCAACUCAAGUGCUCCAUGUCCCUCGACUACAGAAGAUCAAAGCUUGUUUGUCUGCCCAUCGGGCUUCCGUCGGCAUUCCAAGCAAUGCGGCGUAUUUUACCAAUGCAAUGAGAAUUCAGAUUCAAAUCUAAAUAUUGUGCUGUUCCAAUGUCCCAAUGGUACUGUUUAUCACGAAGCAUCAUGUCGUUGCGCCAAGCCAGGGCCCAACGACACCUGCAGCAAUAAGGGAUCAUCACGUACGCAGCUUUAUGAGGAGGAAUCGCAGCCGCUUAACCUGGUGCAAAUCCAUUCCACAGCUCCGCUUUGCCCGGAGGAGGGGCACUUUGCCCUGAAUCAGGAUGAAUGCAGCCAGGUGUUUGUCAAAUGCGGCUACUCCCAGCAAACUGGACGUAUCGAGGGCCAAAUAAACCGCUGCCCGCAAGGCUUUGCCUACUGGAAUGUGAGCCGCCGCUGCGAGCCGGCCAGAAAGCUAACCAGCUGCACCCCAGCCACAUACAAUGUGGGCGAUAGUGUGCCGCUGGAGUGGGUCAACAUUGGCCACAGACGUCGCAAUCUUCCCAUCUAAAACACAUUACACAUAGCAUUAAUUUAUAAAUUGUAAAAGGCAACGCAUUUGUUUGCUGCGCAGGCUCACGACUCCGAGGCAGCUUGCGCAGCAAAUGACGAGCCAAAAGACUAGCUUAGGUUGUAGUGCAAUUACAAUAAGUUUAACAUGGGUUUAUAACAAUUUCUGGUGACGGUACUAUCCGUGAUUUUUCAUACUC